AGAUGGUCCCAUGUUUACUCCUCACUGGAUCAGAAUUCAGUUCUCUUUUAGGAGACACGUAAAUUUUCCGUUAUACCUGAUGAUUUAAGCUGUAGUGGGGAAUUUAUACCAAUUUCUCAGCUUAACUGUUGGCCCAGAACAUGUGUUAAGCAAGGUUUAACAAAAUCGGAAAGUACAGAAUAUAAUAAAAAACAGAGUUUGACUUAAGCUAUCUCCUUCUACUUCGAACUUAAUGUAAAGAAUAAUGUUGAAAUAUGUUACCAGUAAAUUUUCUCCCUGUAAAAUGCCCAUUCCUACCUCUUGCGUGUUCCAGAAGUUUAGGGAUAUUGUUUCCAUGUGGUUGUUUUAAUUGAGAGAAACAUCGUAUUAAUUCCUGUAGGCAACUGCACCAGGCUUUUUUGUUGUUUAAUGUGUUAGUAGUAUAAACAUAGUUUUCAAAGUUUAAUUAAAGUUUUAGAUCACAUUUACAGCAAUCUUAUAGUUCCAUUGUAGCAUCCAGCAGUCUCCAGUAUGCCCACUUCAUCUAUUUUAUUUUUGCCUUAUGUCUUCUGUUGGCAGUGUUUUAUAACAUAAUUAUAUGAUAAAUGCUUCUGCCUUUUUCAGCCGAUGACUGAUUAAACUUUGCAUUGUUAAUUGUGGCUAAGAAAAUAUUAGGAAAACUCUUGGGUAUUUUUUCUCCAUGUAUGGAUUUAUACAGAAUUUGAGAAUCUCACAAACUGAAAUCAUCCCAGAAGGACAAGGUCCGCCAGUUUAUGGCAUUUACCCAGGCUGGUGAAAGGACUGCUAUAUACUGCUUAACACAGAAUGAAUGGAAACUAGAAGUGGCAACAGACAACUACUUCCAGAAUCCAGACUUGUACUACAAAGAAUCCAUGAAAAAUUCAGUAGACAAGAAGAAAUUAGAACAAUUAUAUAAUCGAUACAAAGACCCACAAGAUGAAAAUAAAAUUGGCAUUGAUGGGAUUCAGCAGUUCUGUGAUGAUUUAAGCCUGGACCCAGCCAGUAUCAGUGUUCUGGUUGUGGCAUGGAAAUUCAGGGCAGCCACGCAAUGUGAAUUCAGUAAAAAAGAAUUUAUUGAUGGCAUGACAGAGUUGGGGUGUGACACCACAGAAAAGCUAAAAGCUUUAUUGCCAAGGCUGGAACAAGAGCUAAAGGAUCCAGCAAAGUUCAAAGAUUUUUAUCAGUUUACUUUUAACUUUGCUAAAAAUCCUGGACAAAAAGGUCUAGAUCUAGAAAUGGCAAUUGCAUACUGGAAUUUAGUCUUGUCAGGAAGGUUUAAAUUUUUAGAUCUCUGGAAUAAAUUUUUGUUGGAACAUCAUAAAAGAUCAAUUCCAAAAGAUACUUGGAAUCUUUUGUUAGAUUUUGGAAAUAUGAUUGCAGAUGAUAUGUCCAACUAUGAUGAAGAAGGAGCGUGGCCUGUUCUAAUAGAUGAUUUUGUGGAAUAUGCACGACCAGUAGUCACAGGAGGAAAACAUAAAACUUCCUAACCCCAGAUUUGUCGAUCUGGACUAAAUGAACUGCAGUGGGUAAUGAAGAUUUGUUAGCUGAUAACUGCACGUUGGUGCUGGUUUCAGUGGUCAUGAUGACAUUCUGCAGACAAAACUGCAAUUCCUCCUUUCUGCCUAAAGAAAAUGAUGAAGGAUGUGUGGACACUUCAAGAACAAACUCAGAAGAUCCAAGCUGUUUGUAGGCUAUUGGCUUCAAUUAUUGUACUGGUUGUAUCAUAUAGGAUGUAGAUUUUGCAUGAUUUUAUACUUUGGAGAAGUUUAACUAGAGGCCAUUUUAUUAAAGUUUUGACAGCACAGCAUGCCAUUCAGUUCAUAAUCCAAAGUGAACACCAGCAGUUACAUAAAUAAAAAUGUAUUAUAUUGUACUUAUAUUAAAAGCAGUAUUUGUGGUAUAUAAAUUAAAUCCAUAAAUAAAACUUAUGCAGUAUGUUGUAUUUUUAUAAAAGUUAGUUCUGUGGAUCUGUCUUAAUACAGAGUUGUAAAAAAAACCCAAACAAAUGAACGUAUGCUUUUUUUUGUUUUUAACUUAUUGCCAAAAUGUUAAAUUUGUAUUUUUACAUCCUAGGUGUAUACAGUGAUUACAUCCAGCCUUUUGCUCUCUCCCAAUGAAUUUGACUUCCUCAUUUUUCUUGUUGAAGUGCUUGGACAUAUAACAAUAGCAUUGCUGAGGACAGGCUGCUGCUCUAUGCUGUGUUGCAACUCCAGCUUUUUGUAGUAACCAUUUUAAAGCAGACAUUAAACAACCAAAGAUGCUUUUAUGAUUCAUGUUUAGUUAUCAUAAUUCAGUUAGUCUCCAAUAUGUGUUUUAUUUAUUUUUAAUAAUUAACUGGUGGAAUAUGGAUUUUAUUUGUAGCUUGAAACAUAUCAUACAUUUUAGCUAAGUGUAACAUAGUUGUAAAUUCAUUUCCUGGCACUUCUCACAGAAAAUAGAUGUGAGUAAGCCCCAAGACUUAACUACUUGGCUUCCAUGGUGGAGAAAUAAUUAGGGGUAAGGAGACUUUAUAUUAAUGAUUACAAGUGUGCAUGCCUGUGAAUGUGUUGUGCAUUCAAUUACAUUUGAGGGGAAUAAAAAGCAAAUUAAUGCAGUUUCUGUGAUCUCAAGGCUGGUGAAAUUGGACCAGUUUUCACCAAAUCUGAAUUUGUUCAGUCACUUGUUUAUCCCCUUUUGCCAGCCACCGAUUAUGAAGUGCACAGUGGUGUCAGUCUUCUGUUUCUCAUCAGUGUCUUCUGAUGUCUAAGCACAAAAGUUUUACCAGAAACUAUUCAGUGUGUCUUCGCACAGGGCUCUUGCAAAUGCUACCUCAUCAAAAUGAGUUUGUCAUAGCCACUGUAAUAUUUUGUUAAAAUGAAGAGUUGCUAGAGAGUAUGUACAGCUAUGAUCAAUAUAUUUUCUGUAUUUAAGGCUGAAUAGAUGCAAGAAUUUUGGAUAAAAUAGUGCAUUAAGUUAUAUAAUUUAUAUAUCUGUUUGGCUUGGUUGGAGUGUUGCAUGACAGCAGAGUCUUUUAUUUUGUAGUUUCCAGGGUAUAAAAGCUUACAAUUCUCUUAAACUCUAAAUAUUAGAGUUUCAUACAAGCAUUAUGUUAACACAACCUGCAAGUGUACAUGCUGCAUACAGAGGCUGCCUUUGUUCUUCCACUUGCUAGAACUUCAGUUGUGCAUGGCAUUUAAAAAGCAAGACGAGGGAAAAUUGGUACAAAUUAGUGAUUUUUCUCUUAGUAAGAGCCUAGCAAGCAAGUUACAAAUGCUCUGUGAGUGAUUUGUUAUGAAUAUUUGUCUUUUUUUGUGAGUGUCACCCCGGCCAAACAGCCGCCAGGUGUCAGCGUCUGAGCCCGCUGCUGCCUGGUGCUCCUGUGCAGAGUUACCCACGGGGGUUCUGCCAAAUUGCUGCUUUCUGACUGCACCUUUUUAGAAGGGCAUUUGUGUAACUCCAAGUAUUCUACAGAAGUCAGCAGAGAGCUAGAAGUAGUUAGGCUCUUUUUACUGCGUUUGAUUUAUCUAUGCCUCCUCCCCAAAACCAGCCAUUUCUAUAUCUGUCCCACAGGCUUUGCAGAAUGUGUAACAUCCUGCAGCAUCAAGUGCAUUUAUCUAGCCAGAAGCAAUGGAAUGCUUGUUACUCACACAGUUGCCAUUUAAAAUACAUAGAUAAAAUAUAACUGACCAUAAGUAGCUUAAUCUACUGGUAUGUGAUGUAACUGAAGCUUCAUACCACUAGAGCUUGUGAAACAUUUGCUCAUGAUGAGUGCUCCAUCAAAUCAUUCUGAUGAACCUUCUACCUUUUAGAAUAAAUAGAGCAUAAAAAAUGCAUGUGGGAUGAGGGUUUUUUUCCUUGUUAAUCAGAGCAAGAAGGAAGGGGUGCUUAGCCCAGGAUUCAGUGUGUGUGUGCACAUACACACACAUGUAUUUACUCUUAAAUCUCAUUCCUGGGGGGAUCCUUCCUGGGUGACAGUGGAAGACUAGGCAAAAUACUCCAGAGAUAGUAGUUGAUCCUUGUGAGCCAGCUUGUGAGGUUUGCUAUGCUUUCUCUUUUCUUCUUCCUUGUCUUCUACCCAUUUUAAACCACAUGUGAUUUUUACAUUCCCAUAUGAAGUAACACCUUCACACUUAAACUGUCAUAAAAAUGCAAAUAAACUGCUUUCACCUUAAAAGUUUUCUUACGUAUUUUAAAAAUUUGCUGCUGUCCACAGUUUCACUUUACAGGGUACUCUGACUUCCAUUUUAAGUAAGCUGAUACAGUGGUAACACCUAGGCUGCUCAAUUUAUAAUCCUAAAUGGUACAGAUGUCUUCAAGUUGUUCAGUGCAUACAGUAUUACUUCACAGAUAUGCUGUAUGUAUUUUUAAACUUGGUGCCAAGUUGUUUGGUUUGAAACGGAGCCAUAGGAUUUGUACUUGCCAAUUCUAAAUUUAAAUGUAAUUUAUCAUGUGUGUCAUGCUAAGGAGAGCAAACCUGCAGGCAUCUGCUCGUUCAAUGCACCUGGGAGAUUUGCUGCUGAGUAAGCUGUACUUGUGUGUAUAUUUUUUGGCACUGGAAAAAGGAAUAAAUGGACUGUCAAAGGA